AUGGACAACACAGUCGAGUCCGACAGCACCUCCGAAAUCGAUGACCAGACCAAGGCCUGGGAAUCCGAUCCUCGUCUCGUGACUCAGCACGUCCACGAUGCUGACAACGAGCUGAAUCCGCUUGAAUGCGGCAUUGGCCAUCGUGUUCAGGCCAGCCGCUCCGUGUUGGCAUUGACUUUGGAUGAGGAGUGUGUGUUCGCUGGGCUGCAGGGUGGUGACAUUGUCGCGUGGUCGCUUGAGACAUAUGAUCUCGUGCUUUCGGUCCAUGCGCAUAAGGAAAGCGUAUUAGGGCUGUAUCUAUCGGAAGAUGGCGAUCUGCUGUUUUCCAGUGGUGGCGAUUCCGUCGUCAAUGUCUGGUCGACAAGGACAUUCGAUCGUCUCUACUCCAUCUACUCGCACCAUGACGUAGGCGAUAUCUUUGCCGUCGCCUUCUCUUCCACUCUCAAGACCAUUUACUGUGGUGGUCAAAACACCAGCAUUCAGCAGUGGUGCGACCUCUCCAAAACUGAUGCUGCUGCAACUCAAACAUCAGCAGCCCAUCUAUCCCGCCGGACCCAUCGCUUCUUCGACUCGCGUGGCCCAGAUGGCACCCGUGCUCCACGCCCUGACUCUAGUUCGGAUGGCAGCGCGCAGGGCGGCCAAGUUCUAACGUUUAAACGGGACCACCAUCGGCUGUUCUCGCAUCAUGGUUAUGUGAACGCGGUGCUUCUAGUCCGGGGCCUGAUCGAGUCUGCACCUACGGAAGAAGUGCUCUUAUCCGGUGCUGGUGAUGGCGUGGUUAAGCUGUGGCGUCUAGAUGACGAUGGUAAUACAGCGCCGAUGCAGAUGGCGAAGCUACAGAAUGGUGAUCCUGUGCUCUCCAUCGCCGUUGAUGGCUCGUUCUUGUAUUGCGGGUUGGCUGGCGGGGCAUUGAAUAUCUGGAACUUGGAUUCACAUCAACUGGUGAAGCGCAUUGCCAGACAUACUGGUGAUCUAUGGGCUGUGGAUAUAAUCCGGGGGAUUGCCGUCUGCGGUGACUCAAACGGUAUUGUGAAGAAAUUCAACUCCCGCUUCGAAGAAGUCGGCAGCUGGGUCGCCCACGAAGGAACCAUGCUCGCCUCAGCCGCAGGCCACUUCAAAGACCGCCGUAUCUACGCUACCGGAGGAAACGACAACACCGUUGGUAUCUGGGACCUAACAGAGUCCUCCAUGAACCAAGACGAAAUGCCCCCAAUCAGCAAUGACGAGCUCGUAAACGCCCUGGCGAAAUUCGUCGCCUUCAAAACCAUCUCCGCCAGUCCCAAAUUCAACGGCGAAUGCAACCAAGGCGCAGCCUUCCUCCGCCGCCACUGCAACUACCUCGGCGCAAAAACCAAACUCCUAACCACAGGCGACGACACCAACCCCAUAGUCUACGCGCGCUUCAACGCAACCUCUCCGCACAAAACCGAUAAAACAGUUUUAUUCUAUGGCCAUUACGAUGUCGUCGGCGCAGACACCAACCGCCCAAAAUGGAAAACAGACCCUUACCAACUAACAUCCAUAAACGGCUUCCUCUACGGCCGCGGCGUUUCAGACAACAAAGGACCAAUCCUAGCAGCCCUCUACGCAGCAGCCGAUCUAGCACGUACAAAGGACCUCCGCUGCAAUGUCGUCUUCCUCAUCGAGGGAGAAGAGGAAUCCGGCUCCCAGAACUUCCACGAUACAGUCCGCCAGCACAAAGACCAGAUCGGUCCUGUAAACUGGAUCCUGCUCGCAAACAGCUACUGGCUCGAUGAUUCGAACCCCUGUCUGACAUACGGCCAACGCGGUGUCGUCCACGCCAACUUAAUCGUCACGUCAGACCAUCCAGAUCUCCACAGCGGAAUCGACGGCAGCGCCCUCCUCGACGAACCACUCAAGGACCUCUCAAUGCUGGUUAACACGCUCAUUGCCCCGAAAGGUCGCAUAACUCUGCCAAAUUUCUACGAUCCCGUCCUCCCGCCCACAGAGGCCGAGAAACACCGCUACGCAGCCAUCGCUGAUGUCCUCCUCCCGCGACACCCGGAGAUCGCAGACCCAGAAGCCCUGGUUAACUCGCUCAUGCAUCGCUGGCGCGAACCAUCACUCACAAUCCACUCCAUGGAAGUACCCGGGUCUAGUAAAUCAGCAACAACGACGAUCUCCAGAAAAGCAAAAGCCUCUCUAUCCAUCCGUAUCGUACCAAACCAAGAUGCGGAUGAAGUCGCAGCAAACCUCACAGCCUUCGCACAGGAACAAUUCGAUAAUCUCGAAUCAGGAAACGAACUUACAGUCGAGAUCACUGGUAAAUCAGAUGCUUGGCUUGGAGAUCCCGAUAACGAGAUUUUUGAAACACUCGCGGAUGCGAUUACCACUGCGUGGGCGCCGGAUACGCAUGCUACCAAGCAUCACUAUCCGCCUAUCGCUUCGUCCCCGUCACUGUCACUAUCACCUGGACCAACUACAUCAACGCCCGCUGCGGCGGUGACAGGAGGGGAUAAUGCGGCGGCUGCAUCAAGGCCUGAACUCCUCCGAAAGGACUCAUCGGAUAGUCUGGCAUCGCAUAUUGACAGGAUCAUCAUGUCGACGACGAGCUCCUCAGCUAGGAAGAAUGCAACUCGCAAACGCUCAGCUGUUGGAACGACAGUUCCGACGUCCUCGACAUUAACCAGCAAGUCGACUGGAACGGGAACUGGAACUGGAACCGGCAACACAACAUCCUCCUCUUCCUCAGGCACCGGCACGCCAGACCCCGAUACCUCAAAAGCAAUUGACGAAGGAUCAACCCAUCUUUCUCCAGAGCCGCCCAUUGAACCACGCCCGCCACACCCGCAGACUGGUGAAAAAGUAGAUUCUCCCUCGCGAAUUGGCGUUCGACCAAUCUACAUCCGUGAAGGAGGGUCUAUUCCUACAAUUCGGUUCCUGGAGAAGGAGUUUUCUGCGCCGGCGGCGAAUCUGCCGUGUGGGCAGGCUAGUGAUAAUGCGCAUCUGGAUAAUGAGCGGUUGAGGGUGGAGAAUUUAUAUAAAAGUCGGGAGAUUCUGAGAUAUGUGUUUGGGAGAUUGCCGGAGAAGGCGAGGGAGUAG